CACUAACACGGAACACAAUUCGAUUACCGUUGUCCAUAUUCGUCGUUUGGGAUUUCCAUUGAAAUUCAAAAAUUGUAGAAUAAAUUUAUGGUGUCGUGCUUAGUGUCCGGUUUAUAUUAUAUCUCACUAUAAUACUGGUAAACAUAAUAAUUAAUAGUCACUAAUCAGUAAAUCUGUCCGACCGUCCGCGUAGUUUUUUUUUUUUUUUUUAUCUUUUUUCAUUAAAUUUGACUUUCAAUAAUUUUGCAGUAGUCGCGUGUGCCAUGGAAUUAGAAGAACAGUGCCUAUCGUCACUGAAAGAUAUAGAAGAUUGUUUGACACUUAUAAAACAAAUGCCCAUGGCCCCACUUCCCAUAUAUGAAAGUAAGUUCAAGAUCCAUUUGAUUGUAUGCUCAUUCAUGUAGUAGGUACUAGAGAUGGGAAUUCGGAUCAGGUUAACAAGAAGAUCCGGUUCAAACAUCCGAUGGUUCCCACUUCUCAAACGGUUCGCGAUUACUACUAUACUGUAUAGUGACCGCGGUUCAGUCUGUUCAGUGGUUCACAGUCGUUCAAUGUGAUCCACAAUGUAAAUUUAGAAAUCAGAUAUUUGGUGAUCUGGAUCAAUUUCAUUCGCUACUUUGACCUGUUUGUUGGCAAACGACACAUCUCUAAUAGGUGCUGAUGUUGUAGACCAUUCGAUGUUACUGUAUUCUUCACCAUCUUAAAUUAACUACUAUGCUUAAAAAUAUAUUUCAUGUUAUAAUAUAAUAUUGAAUUAUAUAUAUAUUUUUGUUUUUUGUUAGAUACAAAUAAAGCUGCUGCGUAUAUCUGCUACCGUUUGAAAAAAUAUGACUAUGCUGCAUAUUAUCUUUCUGAAGCUCAUGGUGGUGGAGUUAGAUCCAAAUUAUCAUUGUUAAUGAAUCCUGAGUAAGAUGAUUGUUAAUUAGGUUGAUUAAGACACUUUAUGUACAAAAAUGUUUAAAUAAUACAAUUCAUAAUUACAUUUAUUCAUAUUAUUAUUUUAUUGUAUUACUUAUAUGCAAUAUUUGUGCAAACCGUGUGUUAUCAGUUAAAUUGAGCCUACCUCUGUUUAUUUAUUAAUAUGAAAUUAUUUUUAAUAUUAUAGUAAAACUAGUAAUAAAGAACUUGACAAGUGUUUGUCAAUGAACUCUGAAUAUGCCUCUAAAGGAUACUCGGGUCUUAUAGAACGUUUAAGAGAAAUGCCGUCUGAAUGGACACUCGUGCAAAUUACUAGAAAUUAUAAUCCAAAAGAAAUAAUCACACCCAGGCCUGCAGAUGAACCUAUGGAUGUUUGUGAACUUUUCAUAACUCGAUACCAGUGCGGUCAAAACAUCAAAAAUAAGCAAGUUAAAUUUAUUGUAAUUAUAAUUUAUAUCUUUUAAGUUUUUCAUUAUCAUUUAUUAUCUAUUUGUUAAUUAUAAUUUUUAGCAUACCUUUGACUGUAAAAAUAAAUAAACCAAAAUGCAGCUUGGGGCAAAAGAAUAUUUUUCAAGUGUUAAAAACAAGUUUAGAAGAUACUAACAAUAAAAAAAUUAAAGAUCAUGCAGGUAUCCGACGUUUAAGAGAUGCAGCUUCUCAGUCUAUUAAAGUAAAUAAACAACUUUGUUUUUAAAUAUCCGUUAAUGUGAACAUGGAAAAUAUAGGUGUAUUUUUAAUUUAUAAUAUUGUUGUUUUCAAUAGAAUAUUUCUGAAGAAAUCCAUACUAGUUGGUUAAAACACUGGAUUUGUAUGUUAUUAGGCAACUAUGUAGAUGAAAAACUCGCUGCAAAUGUUUACAGUAUUAUUGACAAUAUCAUAGAGUGAGUAUUAUAUUUAUUUACAUUAUGAUUUUGUAGCAUUAAAUUAUAUUACACUAUGAUUGUAUUUCUUAUGUACAAGUUAAAUCUUAAAAUUAUGUAAAUGUGUUUCAGAAAAGAAAAAAUAACUAUAAGUGACCGAACUCGAAUGUUGUUGUAUCAAAUAACAAAUGCAUCUAUUCAACUGACCAAUGUUGAAAUAAAAAAUGUUCUUAGAGAAUUGGAUUGUUCAAUAGAUGAUAAAAUUAAAUUUGAAAAUGCUAUUAUUGCAUAUCAGUCGUCUAGUUCAAAUUUAAUGUUGAAAAAGAGACAUCCUGUUUUGCUUAUAUUAGAUGAGGUGUGAUUUAAAUUGCAUAUCAAUAUUCCAAAGUAAUACUAUUACUGAUUAUAUUUUUCACAGCAUUUAGAAUGUCUGCCAUGGGAAACUAUACCAUAUUUGAAAAGACAUCCUAUAUCACGUGUAUCUUCUGUUCAUAUAGUACACAGUCUAUAUACCAAACAUAAGGAUUCUAUUGAAAAUGGAUUAAUGUAAAUAUAAUUUAGAAAAGUGUUAGCAGUAUUUUUACUCUUAUUAUGGUUUGGAUGUUUGUAAACUAAAAAAUACUUUAUGUCUGCAUAUUCUUUUGAAAAUGAUUAACAAUGUAUACUCCUAUAGUAUAUGUGUAAUGUAUAGAAUCAAAACCUAAUCUGAUAAAUUAUCAAAAUAUACAUUUAAAAAAAAAGAUGGGCAAUCUCGGUUGUAGGUGAAACGUUGGGAAGGUAAGAUAUAGAGGGGAAAUUUAAUGUAUAUCUGUACACAACGAUUAAUUAUUGCUAACAAAAAUCGAUUUUGAAUGGAAUGUGGUUAUACAUGUUUUUAAAGGCGGUAAUAUUUACGAUUUUAAAAUAAUACAUUUUAUUUCCCGAUUUUUUCAAUUUAUAAUGAAAACCCCUUGGAAAAUAAAAAAAAUAACUUCCCUAAAGUUGAAAAGUGCUACAUUUGAAAAUUUUAGCAAAAUUUCUGAUAGAAAAGUUGAUCACAAAGAAAAAAUAAAUAAAUGCCAUUUUUAAUCAAUGCAAACACUAAAACACGUAUUACAAUUUUAUCUAAAAGAAUAGAAUUUCAUUCCUUCUGUUUUACUGGAAUUCCGGUCUUUAAUUUCUAAAAAUUAAACUAAAAUGUACUAUUAAUGCUAAAACUGCAUUUGUUAUCAGAAUUAGUAUCAUAUUAAUCGAUCAAACUAAUUGAAGGAAAAUUGGCGACUUAAUUGUUUUUUGUGUAUAAAUUAGACAAUGAAAAAAAACAUACUUGAUUCCUCUAAUAAUUAUUAAGGAAUAGUCACAAUGUUAAUAUUUUAACAAAUUAUUAUAUUAAUAAAAGAAAUUGAAUUGAUUGAAAACUACAAUUUACUGCCUAAAUUUAAUUUUGUAGCCAAAAAAUGUUAAAACUAAUUUUUUUCCAAGAUACAUUUGAAUACCUACAAUUUUUGUUUAUAUUUUGUUUUGAAAUUUAAACAGAAAAUUGAAUGCCAAAUUUAUAAACAUCCAAACUGUAAUAAUAAUGUACUACUAAAAAUGUAUUGUACUUUUUUAGGAAAAUUAAAAAUCAAGGAUAUUACAUAUUAAACCCUGAUAAAUCACUAUUUAAUGCAGAGCAAAGGAUAUCAAGUUUCUUAAAAGAAAGACAAAUAAAUUGGCCUGGUAUAAAAAGUCAAGAGCCUACUUCAGGACAUUUCAGUUCUGUGCUACAAAAUAAUAACAUUAUAUUGUAAGAAUGAUAGUAAGCUUAUUUUUGGUUAUUUUUAAAUUUGUUUAGUAAUAUAUUUGAUCUUAUUUUAGAUAUUGUGGUCAUGGUAAUGGAACACAAUAUUUGCAUAGUUUGGAUUUAGAAAAAUUGGAUCUCCGGUGUAUACCAAUGUUAUUUGGGUGUUCAAGUGUUAAACACAUUGAUAAAGGAGGAAGACCUAAUUUUGUGGGUGCUUCAUAUGGAUAUUUAAAAGCUGGCUGGUAAUUUAAUUUUCUAUUUAAACAUCUUUUACAUUGAAUAGUUAAUAGACAAUUGUUUUUUUUUUUUUUUACUGUGAUUUGUUUUUUAGCCCUUGUGUCAUUGGUAUGUUAUGGAAUGUAAUGAGUUUAGAUGCAGACAAUUUAGCAAGAGCCUUACUUAAUGUUUGGUAUCCUGGAAAUCCUAUCAAUCUUCAGAGUAAGUUAUAAAUAAUACAAUUUAAUUCAUAUCAAAAUCAAAAUUAAUUUUUUUAAAUUAUUUGAAAGUAUAUCAAAUUAUAACAGUACCUGUGCCUCAUUAUUUAAAUCAUCUAUUUAUUUAAUAAUACAUAGUAUAUCUUAUGGGACCACUGGAUAUAUCAUUUUAAAAGCUCAACAAUAUAUCCAUGGUUUUUUGCCUUGUUACAAAACAAAUAUCGCUUUUGUGUUGUGUCCAUUAUUUUCUAAUUUGAUAAAAAAAAAUUGUAUGAAUAAAUCUAGUUUCUUAUAGAUUUUGGGCAGUUUAUAUUUUAGUGAGGGGUCAAGGGUUUUACUAUGUUUUUUUUUUUUAAAUCUUUUCAACCAGAAAUCUUCCUCCGAUAGAAAAAUCACUAGAGAUAUUUGUUUGUUGCAUUUUGGAUCUAUUUGGUGUUUUGAUUUUCCAAGGAAUUUUCUAACUAAUUGAGAAAAAUCAGAAACAAAAUUAUUGGAAAAUCAACAAAUAUUUAUAGCGUGUUGCAGUGUACCGAUUAUUUUAAAAUUUUAUGCAUAUUUUAUGUUUUCUACCGGUAAUCUUACUUGAGAUUUGAUUGAAAUUUAACAUAAGAUUCAUUUGUAAUUGGAAAAAAAAAAUUGAGUGUAAAGUAGUUAUUUUUUUAUGGUUCUUUUAAGAUCAAAUUUUGAUAAAAAUCAUAAAUACGUAUAAUGCAUUUCAAAUCAUGUAUAACUGAAAUUCUCUCACGAUCGCAUUUGAUUAGCAAUUUAGUUAGCAAUCAAUCCAUACAAAUAUGACGUGCUUAUUUAUACAAACAAUUAUAUUGUAUUAUAGUUGAAUUUCAAUGAAGUUAAUAUUUUCAAUAUAUACUUGAAAUUUUGUUCUGUAUUAACAGUUUUAAUCUUAUAGAGAUUUAAUAUUUUUUUUUUAACAUCUAUUUAUUUAAUGUAAUUUAUUGGCGACCUGAAUAGUUAGAAUAAAGGUGAAGUAGAAGAACAUCUAUUUAAUAGUUUUUAAUAUUUUUUGUAUAGCAUAUAUAGAUGUAAAUAGAACAGUUAUCUUUUAAUUUUAUUUCAGAAAUGUGGCCUAAAGAAUUUUUGGAUGAACAAGAUUACAACAAGGAACCAGAACUUUUGCGCACAUUAUCAAUAGCCAGAAAAACCACUAGAAGUUACUUUAACUAUGCUGCUUUAGUUGCUCGAGGCAUACCAGUUAUCAUGACUGAUGAUAAAUAAUAUUGUACUUGAUAUGAAAUUAUUUCAUAUUUCUACUUGAAUUAUUAAACAAUAUCAAAUCACAUAUAUUUAUCAUUGGAGUUACCAAUAUUUUACAUAUUUCGUUUUAAUUUAUUAAUAAAUAUUAUAUACAAAUCGAGAAUAAUUUUAAAUAUUUUAUUGAAUUUAAUUUGUAUAUACAGUUUUACAUAGUUAGAAUCUAUUAUGCCAAAUUUUUAAGUGUUAUAUUUUAAAUUUUAUAUGCUAAGCAAUGAAGCUAUUAAGUUUUAUAGGUUUUUCUCAUAAACUCUUAUACCUUUUAUAGUCUAUUAAACAUUAAGUAUCAUAAAUAAUUAAUUUUAUCAUCAAAUAAUGCAGAUUCUAUAAUAAUAUGUCCUAUAAUUUUAAUUCUUCUACCAAC